GAUGAAAAGCUUGAUUGGUUUCUUAAUGGACUUCAAGAAUCAUUCCGUGCGAGGAUAGAAUUUCAAUGCCCUAAAGAAUAUAACAAGGCAAAGGAAUGGGCUGCGCAAAUCGAACAUUAUAAUAGAAAGAAAAAGAAUUAUAAGUCAAAAGAUACGUGUGUUAUAUAUAAUGUGGAUUUUUCUGUCCAAAAUGAGAUCGAUGAAAUGACCGCUGCUUUUGAGAAUAUGAAGAUUAAUCGUUUGGGUUGUGAAUCAACAAGGCGUGAGGAAGUUGAGAUGAUUGUAAAAGAAGUCUUGAAGGCUACUGAAAGAAAUCAGGGAAAAAGAUCGAAUCAAAGGGGAAAUUUAAAAACGAUUAAGUGUUUCAAUUGUCAGCAAGACGGACAUACGGCAAGAAAUUGUCCAAAUCGGGUGCUAGUUGAGAAUAAAAGGGAAAGUGAAGGCGAAUCUGUUAAAAUUGCUGGUGCUGAUGUGCGUCUCGUUGAAUUAUCAGAAGGAAAUAGAUCCUGUGAUCUACGAUAUCUUCAAAUUAAUAUGUUCGAUAUUGAUAG